AUGAUUGAUGAAGCACACGAGAGGAGCUUGUACACCGACAUAUUACUUGGUGUUUUGAAAAAAAUCCAAAAGAAAAGAUCUGAUCUAAAGCUGAUCAUAUCCUCUGCAACGCUGGAUGCGGAAGAAUUCCAAGAUUUCUUUAAUGUCAACACUUCCAAAGACAAGUCCAAAGAUACAUGCUCCAUAAUUUCACUAGAGGGAAGGAUGUAUCCCGUAGACAUUCUUUACACAAUCGAACCGGUCAAUGAUUAUGUGGAGAAGACGAUCCAAACAGUAUUUGAUAUCCAUACCAAGGAGCCGGAAGGAGAUGUACUAGUAUUUAUGACUGGAAGAGAGGAGAUUGACAAGGUGGUAAAUGAGAUUAGUGAGAGGGCGACAACACUACCACAUAACGCUCUCGGAAUCAUACCAUUACCCAUUUAUGCUGGAUUAUCGACAGAAGAGCAAGCACGGAUUUUCGAACCAACGCAGGAAGGAUUCCGAAAAGUCAUCGUUGCUACCAACAUUGCGGAGGCGUCCAUCACGAUUGACGGAGUGGUGUAUGUGAUUGAUUGUGGAUUUGUCAAGCUACGAGCAUACAAUCCUAAGACAGGUAUGGAGUCUUUGACAGUCGCACCAAUAUCCAAGGCAUCAGCCAAACAGCGCGCAGGACGUGCUGGUAGAGUGAAGCCCGGCAAAACAUUUCGACUGUACACGGAACAAUCGUUUAUGGAACUGCGAGAUUCGAGCGUUCCCGAGAUUCAAAGGAGCAACUUGGCACCGGUUAUCCUGCAACUCAAGGCUCUGGGUAUCGAUAAUGUUCUGAGGUUUAACUUUUUGACACCGCCACCUGUUGAGAUGAUGAUUCGGUCGCUAGAGCUCCUAUACUCGUUGAAUGCUCUGGAUAAUGUUGGUAGGCUCACCAUCCCGCUAGGUGUUCAAUUGGCCGAGUUCCCAGUCGACCCACUACUGGGAAAAGUUCUUCUCGCAUCAGCAGAGUUUCAUUGCAGCGAGGAAAUACUGUCCAUUGCGGCCAUGUUGACGGUUCAGCCUAAUCGGGUUCCAAAGGAUGUCCUGACCGACGAACGGCGCAAGUUCUGGGUGGAGGAAGGAGAUCACAUGAGCUUGCUUAACAUAUACAAUGCAUUUACUACCCGAGGAAAACUCUCUGGAAAAUGGUGCCAUGAACACUAUUUCAACUUCAAGACUCUGUCAAGAGCGGUCAGUAUUCGAGGCCAGCUCAAGAAAUACCUUGCAAGAUUCAAUAUACCAUUAGAAAGCUGCUUGCAACGACACGGGACAACUGCUACUGGUCGAAUAGAAGCAACCCGACAAAUCCGAAGAUGUAUAACUAGCGGAUAUUUUUCACAGGCAGCGAAAGCAGACAUUGACGGUAGUGGACGAUUUCGAACCAUCCGAGACAAUGUGGUCCUUAAUGUUCACCCUUCCUCGGUACUCUUCAGUCGAAAUGCGAAAUAUGUUGUUUUCCAUGAAGUGGUAGAGACGAAUCAAGCCUAUAUGCGGGAUGUCACAGUGAUUGAGCCUGAAUGGCUGAGCGAACUUGCCCCUCACUUUUAUGAAUACAAAAACAUUGGAGUCGAUAACAAAGGUUGA